CAUGUGUUUGUCCCGUGAUCAAAUGCGGAAGUGUUAAAAUAACGGUCGCGACUACAGCCCACCGUCUGUCAAUUUCAUAUACAUUUUUGCUGCUUUAUUUGUUGUAUUUCUCACAGAAAUGGAAGGAUUCGCCAAAACAUCACUUAGCACCACGUAUGCUGGAGGCCCGGAUUUUAGAGGGAAUGACAGUUCUCUGGUCUCUGCUCUGAAGACUCUCCUCUUCUUCACCAUCCUGAUGGUCACUCUGCCCAUAGGACUGUACUUCGCAUCAAAGGCAUACAUCUUUGAAGGUUCCCUACAGAUGUCUAACUCAGACAGUUAUUUUUAUGCUGCCAUCGUAGCUGUGCUGGCCGUACACGUGGUUCUGGCCCUGUUUGUCUACGUGGCCUGGAACGAGGGCUCCACCAAGGGCAAGGGAAAACACGACUAACCCUAACCUGGCCCUGCUGUUGGCCCAGAGAAAAUCAUGGACCAAGAGAUGGAGGCCCAACCACCUCCAGCCCCCACCCCACCCGGCUUCUCUCCAACCCCCAGCCCAGCCCAGCAUCUCACGGCCUGCCAGCCAUGGAGGGGUGCAGACCGAGUCCAUCUGCUGGUGUUGAGAGAUAAUAAUAUACUGGGUGUUUUUGUGAGCUUUUGCUAGCUCAGUGUAUUAUUUUUUUAACAGACUGAACACCGCCCCUGUCUGUUAGAGGUUGUGUCAUAAACUGGACCCGGCCAGAGACGGGCUGUGAAAUGGAGAGCUAUUGUCUGUGUCCAACCCUAUUCCCUGUUUAAGGCCCGUAAGGCUCUGGUCAAAACUAGUGCAUUAUACAGAGAAUAAGGUGCCAUUUUUGUUUUCUGUUCUGUGUGACCAACGUCAUGUUGACAUCAUGUUGCCACUGCUGUUGUGGUUUGGAUCUGUCCUUCCUUGAGUUGACUCUAUUUAUUUUUUCAUUAAAGAAUGUGUUUUUGUGUGA